UAAGCAGAGAGGGCUGCCGGCUCCAGCAGACUGCCAAGUGUUUCAGUCGGACACCAGAGGAUGACGGGAUACAAAAUCACAGCGGGUGACGUGGAGGCCGGGCCUCAGGACAGGAUGGAGGUCCUGGUGCAGAAGAAGUCGUCCACAGGGUGUCUGUGGAAGGUGCUGGCGGUGCUGCUCUUACUGGCGCUUUGCCUUGGAGGCGCCCGGCUGUACGUUUGGUACCAGCUCGAAAGAUCACAAUCAACAACGCAGGCAGGACACACAGCAGCACCAAUCAGAAUGGACUCUGAUGAGACAACAGGUGCUCACUCCACGCUGAAAGAAAUGAGCAAAAAAGCAAAAGCAGCCAUUCAUCUAGAAGGUCAUUACGAUGAAAAAAGCAACGCGACGGCCGUGGAGUGGCGCGACCGCGUGGGCCAGGCCUUCUCUCAGGGCGGUUUCCGUCUCCAUAACAACCAGAUCAUCAUCCCAGAGAGCGGCCUGUACUUCGUCUACAGCCAGGUGUCCUUCCGGGUGUCCCGGUCCAGCGACCAGGAGGGCGAGUGGCGCCCGCCGUCCCUCAGCCACCGCGUCCGCAGGAUGUCUCAGGCCAUCGGAACCAAGGUGUCCCUGCUGAGCGCCGUGAGGUCGGCCUGCCAGAACGUCCAGGAGGACGGCGAGCGGUCGGGCCACGGCUGCUACAGCACCAUCUACCUGGGCGCCGUGUUCCAGCUGGCCAGAGGGGACACGCUGGAGACGGAGACCAACCAGCUGAAGGAGCUGGACACGGACGAGGGGAAGACCUUCUUUGGCGUGUUCGCGCUUUGAGCUGCUGUGAAACUAAGAGACUGAUCCUGGACAGGAUUUAUAAAGAAAAAUGCACAUUUUUACACUUUUAUUCCACCUGAAGGUGAUGUAGAAAUGCUAACAUCUCCAUGGAGAUGGAACUAGACUUUAUGAACUGUAACAGUUUGAAACUUUAUCUCUGUUUUAGGCACUUUUUGACUUUAUUUAUGUUGAUCUCAGAUUGUAAGACUAGACUUCUGCUGUAGCAGAAAUUUCUCCACUAUUUACUUGUAUUUAUUUAUAUUUAUUGCUAUUUAAGU